UAAUUUGUCACUGCAUCACAUACCCCAUUUCACUCUUACCAUAAUAAACAAACAUCAUGGCAGCCCAAGCUCGCUGUGCCUUUCUGGCUGUGCUAUGGUUAUGUUAUUCUGUGCAAUGCGUGACAUCGUGGCAUUUGAAAAGUGAUUGUCCCUGUUCCGAUCCCUCGCUGUGUGAUUCGGUCACAGCACCCCCAAGGAAAGAGAUUUUUGCUUUCAGUUACGAAGCAAUACACUGGGCAAAGUAUGAUUGGUCUAAAAUCACCACCAUCGCCAUGACUGGAGAGUACCUGCCUGAGAUCAUGUGCCACGCCCACUCAGUGGGAGCGAGGGCUGUUGUUAAAGGCAUUUUUCCAGCCGCUAAUCUAAGCAACGCUGAGGACCGCACAGCCUGGAUCACACAGCAAGUCGCCCGGACCCAUUCGCUGUAUCUUGACGGCAUCAACUUCGACAUUGAAUACGCGCUGGAGGAAAAAGACGCCCAUUAUUUAGUUGCGCUCGUUAAUGAGACUACGACUGCUUUCCACAAAGCAAAUCCACAUUGGCAGGUGACCUUUGACACAUUUCCGUAUCCGGGAUGUCCAGCAGGUCGUUGCUAUGACUACACAUCUCUAGCAUCCUCCUGUGAUUUCAUUGUGUUGAUGGAGUACAACAUGGGAGGGCUUGGCCCAAUCGCGAAAUCCAAUGACCCUAUGAAGCUGGUCAAAGUAGCGGUGGAGUCAUUCAUUGUUGAUGGGAUACCAGCCGAUAAGCUGGUACUCGCCGUUCCGUGGUACGGCUACAGUUGGACUUGCACCCACAUACUUCAGGACAACAUCUGUUCCGUUCUCAAUGAUGCCACGAGAUACGGGGGUGUCAUGACCUACUUAUACUUCAGUCAGAUAACAGAUUUACUCAAAAACUCAACCACCGGACGGCUUUACAACGAAACAUUUCAGUCGCCAUUUUUCAACUACAAGGAUGAAGGAACCGGCAAGAUACGGCAAGUUUGGUAUGACGAUGCCUUCAGUUUAUCACUUCGUUACCAAUACGCUAAGAGCCAGAAUCUACGGGGUGUUGGCAUGUGGAAUGCUGACUGUCUUGACUACAGUGGAGACGACGAAGGAACCAGACUAACUAAGGAAAUGUGGGAUGCUAUCGAUCGGUUCAAAGCAUGAAGCAGUUCCCUAGACUUGAAGAAUGUAUCACCCCCUAAUUGGAAUAAUGACAUUUGAAUCCAAUUGUUCUUAGAUUGAUCAAAACAUUGGCUAUGAAACGUUCAUCUUGAUACCAAAAGUGUUAUUUCAUUUCAUUUCAAUACAUUUAUUUCAAUGUUGCCAUAAAGUUACAUUUGUGUACAUCAUUAAAGUUAAUAUACAUGGUAAUGAAUAAAUAAUGGCAAACCACAGAUGAAGUAAAGACAAUAACAAUUUACACGGAAGUUGAGUAAAUAAUGACAAACAGGACAACAUAUAGGCCUAGGGUGAAGCAAGGCUUUUGUUCCCGUACCUACGGACAGACAAAAAACGAACAAAACAAACAAAUACACCAACAGACUACCACAACACUGACUUACAUACAAAACAUGUACAUGUAUGGGUACAAAGACAAAUAUCAUCCGGAAAAUAUAUCAUAACUUUAACUAAGAAUUAAGGACUGCUUUUAAUUUUUUUGCAAAUUUUGACAAAGUAAGUGCAGAUUUAAGUGAAUCACCGAGACUAUUCCAGUACCACGUUGGACAAGACUAUUUCUAAAUAAAGAUGUUCUGUUGAAAUGGACAUAAAGAUUUUUCUUACGAGUACUUUGAGUAUCAUACGAAUGAAUAUUUGAAGUUAAGGUAAAGACAGAGUUAAAACAAGAGGGUAAUGCAUUAUAGUUGUAUUUAUACAUAAACUUACCUAAGUUAAGGCGAUAAAGAUCAUUUAGUUUUAGAAGUUUAAAUUGUUCAAAAAGUGGAGCUGAAUGAUCACGAUAACCAGCAUUAGAAAUUAUUCGAACAGCCCGCUUUUGUAAAGUAAAUAGUUUGUUACACUGAGUUGAAGUCCUAAUAAAUCCUAUUAAAAAUACAACGGGGAAUGUAAUUAUAAUAAGUCCCAAAUUGUUUACAUCAACACAUAGUGUGUGCCUACGUUCCCGGAAGCUGCAAAAAGAGACGCGGGGUAUUUCUACAUGAUAUUAUUGUUGGAAAUUUCGUUUUAAAGACAAUGGACACUUUUGGUAAAUUAUCAAAGACCAGUCUUCCCAACACCGUGUGUCUCAACUAAUGCAUACAAAUAACAAACCUGGUGAAAUUUUGAGCUCAAUUGGUCGUCGAAGUUGCGAGAUGAAAGAAUA